AGGAAACUGGUAUUGACAUGGAGAAGAUUGCCAAGAAAAAGGAGAUUCAAGAAAAGUACAAGGCAGAAAUUGAAAGCUUGUUGUCAGACCCAACAAUCUUUGAAAUGGAGAUGGAUCUGCCUACAAAACAACCAACACAACCAGUUGAAGAGAAAGAAGAAGAAAAGAAAGAAGAAGAGAAGCAACAAGAAGAGAGAGAAGAAGAGAAGAAGCAAGAUGCUCCAACACCUGAUGUUCCUUCAAGAGUACAAAGGGUGAAGAACAGAGAAAGAAAGAGGCUUCAAGCAUCUUGCUAUGUGUACGAAAAAAAUAAGAAAACAAAAAAGGAGGCAAAAAAGGAUGAUGAAGAACUACCACAAUUCAAGCUUAUCUCUUCCGAGGAGUUAACACAAGAGGCAUCUCAGCCCGAUGCCACAAAUCCAAUUCCUAACCCCCCUAAAGGAACGAGCCUUCAUGAUUCAAUACCUGUGGAUCUACAACAAUCAAGUGAUGAAGAUGAAGGACAAAAAAAGCAAACAAAGAAAAAACUAGGAUGGGGUUCAGAAAAAGGUGUGGCUUACAUGCAAAGCUUCCUAGAGCCAUCUUGGCACAGGUUCUUGUAUGAACCCUUACUUGAAAAACUCGGGAAAUGCAAUGUUCUUUUCUUCCCAAUUAUUUCACAAGAAGAGUUCCACUUCACACUUCUCACAUUUCACAAAAAUGAACGAAAGUGGAGACACUACAAUCCACUUAGAUCGUUGGGACGUAGAAAAGAAGAAAGGUGCAUUGACAUUGCUCGAAACUUUGUUAAUAUUGUUGAAGGGUGGCUAGAAUAUAUAAGACCUCAAGCACGAGUGUUCAUAGAAACAAAAAAAAAACCAACACUUGUGAAGCAAAAAGAAGGGCCCCCAACACUUGUACAAAAAGAUUUGACUCCAAAUGAAGAACUCACUCUCAAAUGGAUUAUGCAAAAUCCAUUGCAGUUUCCAUUUGAGGAUGACAUGGAAUGUGCUCAACAAAGUGCAUCUUCAUUGGAUUGCGGCAUGUUCGUCAUGUUCUAUAUGGAUAAAAUAGCACAAGGACAGCCCAUUCCAAAAAGCGUGGACAAGAAAUUCAUGAAUGAAUAUCGAGCACAAUAUGUCACAAAACUCCUACACCACAAAAACUGUGUAAUUAAUCGUCUCUAGUGAUUUGCCUUUCGUUAACUCAAGACAAUAUGUAUCUUAAUUCUUGUGGAUGUUUGUAAAUAUUUCUAGUUAUGGUAUAUGAGAACAUAUUUCCUAUA